AUGGCGGACGCAGCUGCCAGAGAACUUCAAUAUGAAUACAAGGCGAACUCAAAUUUGGUGUUGCAAGUUGAUUACAGUCUCAUUGAUCGCCGUCCAAAGGAUGAAGCUACCGGUGAAGUGCUGCCGCUGAAUCCCGAUCGUUUGCGGGGCAUGAAAAUGGGCGACAAGUUUUACCGAUCAAAGCCGCCUAUGUUGGAGGAAAAACAGGCAAAACGUAGGCGCCGUGAUGAUGCACAGAAGGAUUUUAUGAAAUUCCGAGGUCAGACGUUACUUACAGCAAAUAUUGAAGAAAUUGUAGGAAUAUACAAACCAAGAACUCAGGAAACGCGUCAGACAUACGAAAUUAUUCUGGCGUUUAUUCAAGAAGCUCUCGGAGAUCAACCAAGAGAUAUUUUGUGUGGCGCCGCCGAUGAAGUACUGGCUACAUUAAAAUCUGAAAAAUUUAAAGAUAAUCAGAGGAAAAAGGAGAUUGAAAGUCUUCUUGGACCUCUUACCGAAGAAAGAUACGCCUUGCUAUCGAAUUUGGGCAAGAAGAUUACCGACUACAGCAUAACCAGUGAAGAAAAUAAGCCCGAAGAAGAAAUAGAUGAAACAUAUGGCGUUAAUGUGCAGUUCGAGGAAUCCGAUGAUGAAGACCAGGAAGACGUUUAUGGUGAAAUUCGGGAUGAGUCUGACGCAGAAGAAGGAGAAGAAGCGAUGAUUGAUUCGACUUUGAAAGCUUCUGGGGUAAGUGCUCUUGAGGACGAGUCUAGCAGCACCACGGAAAAAAAGAAAAGCCUUCAUCCGAGAGAUAUCGAUGCUUACUGGCUGCAACGUAGUUUGGGAAAAUUCUACCAAGACCCAAUAGUCGCCCAGCAAAAAUCUCACGAGGUUCUGGAGAUCCUCAAGACUGCCUCUGAUGACAGAGAUUGCGAAAACCGUUUAGUACUUUUGCUUGGCUUUGAUCAGUUUGACUUCAUACGAACGCUUCGCCAGUACCGAAAUAUGAGUAAUAAUGACCACUUUUAAUU